AUGACAGUUUCAAAGACUCUAAGUGCACCAGAAGAACAACAUUUAUCCGCGCUAGAAGACACUUUCUUAACAAUCCCCGAGACAUGCGAUAAUGCUCCCGAGGAAAGCGGGCAACCCAUCGAGGAGGGCUUUAUUUGCAUCAACCACCCAGAAGAGACCUCCUUCGUUUUUCCGCUAAGAGACGAACUGCUUUUAGCAAAAAAAGAAAAUCUCAAAGAAAUCAGGGCUGCUGUUAGAAAGCAGAAAUCCAACAGCUUUUUUGCACAAGUCGGUUUAGAAGCCUUCGCAGGAGAGGGCGCAUUGCAAGUGCUGAAGAAAAAAACAGAAAAGAUCGGCGUCGAUCUAAUAGAACCAACUGCCCUUUUUAUUACGACAAGCAUGUACAUUUCCUCGCUUCUCUACGUUGACAUGGAAAAUCCCGAACUCACUGAGGAAAACAGAGUCUUCAUCGAGAGAAUUGCCCGGUGUUUGGUCGACUGCAAACUUUUAAAGGACUCUGAGGUCUUGAGCCCGAUAUAUUCCAGCGUAACGGAAACUCCUGUAAAAAUGAGUGAAAUUUUUCAGAUCCUGAUAAAAUCAGGUACUCUUGUGCGAAGAAGCGGGCUUUUGGAAAACAUCAGCGGAAUCAUGCAGGAUUUCCUCGGUGACGCCAAAAAGAGUGCUUCCUUGGACUUCUCUGUCGUUCUCCAGAACUACUACAGGCGGGUUCUGGCUCAGAAAAUGUCUCGCGGAGUUCUGAACAAAAAAACGCGCCAAGACUUGAGGACCCUGAUUUUAGCCCAGGAAAAAAAAACUUUGGACUCUGCAAAAAAUCUUUCCAGGAAGGUAGAUGUUUUCCAGGUAUUUGGCAGAGAAAGUCUCCUGGAAAAAGUCCUUUCCCACCUUGUAGACCAGCAGAGGGGCACAUUCUGGCUGGAAUUUCAGAAGAACCCUCCCAUUUUGGGAAAAACUCCAAAAACCAGCGCGGAUUGUCUAGCUAUUCUUUUGGCAGUUGAUAGACAGUGGGUGGAAAUAUCAAAAUUUUAUUCUGUUUUUGGCCGGGAGAUGGAAAAGGCAGAGUCCUUCAUAAAAGGCAAAUACGCAUCCGAAAGACCAGAGAACAUUUCGCAGGAGGAGUACCUGAAAGACCUCAAAGACAUAACAGGGAAUGCCGUAAAAGAGGGCGAAAACUGCGGGCUCUCCGAGAAAAACGCCAUUCACUUGGGAGAGCUUAUGUACCUCUCCCUGCGCAAACUUGUAGUUGCAAAAAAAGAAAAUUCAGAAAACAACAAUACACAGGCCCAAAUUCCAAGCCAGACAAGCAUAGCAGCUAAGUGUAGAAAUGCCAUGCUUGGCAUUGCCUCUUUAGUAGCUGUAAGCUUGCUCUACGUCACAGACAAAAGAGCCCAGCUAUAG